AUGGCGCUGCGUUUGGCGACGGAAAAGCUGGGGGGGUCGAACCCGGCUGUGACGCUGUACCGACAGAUCACGAAGCAAGUGCCGCGCGUGCUGACUCUGUAUGACAUCAGCAUGGAGCCGUCGGAGGCACGCUUGGCUGUGCAAGCGUUCUUCCGCAAGAACGCCGACGUGAAGGACCCGCGCGUGGUCGACAUGCUUAUCACGAAGGCCGGCAUGGAACUGGAAGAGACGUUGAUGCAGUGGAAACAAAAGGCGCACUUGGAAACGUUGUUGGACAGCGGCGUCAAGCUCAUGAACAACAAGCCCAAGGUGUACGACGACUACGAGGAAGGGUUGGAGAACUUUUUUGCGGGCAUCGAAACGGACGAAGAGGAUUAG